AAUAACACCGUUUCCUCCCACUUCACUACUAUUAACCACAAACAGUCCCACUAAAACCAACACAACAACAACAUUACAAUACUCCACCAACUCUGUCUCUUUUCACUCUGUCUUUUCCUUCAUUCAAAACUCUUAACAACUAUAUCAACAAACAACACACAUGAGAUUAAGAUUGAGAUUGUGCAUCUAACAACAACAACAAAAAAUGAAACUCUUUUACAUGUUCUUGAUGUUCUUGAUGAAUCUCCUAUUGUUUAUUACUCUCACAAAAUCAUCAUCUUCAUCUUCAUGCAACAUUGAAAACAUGAAUCUUAUAUCAAAGGCUUUCCAAUCUGUCUCUGGAUUCAACUCUUCAUUCUUCCAAACAAAAGGCUUCUUAAUCUGUUCAAAGGGUGAGAACGAGAACGAGAAUGAGAUUAACAUCAUAAACCUUCCAUCCAAAAACCUAACCGGAAACAUCUCAUGGAGAUACCUAAAAAACAUGACAACCUUAAAGAUUCUCGAUCUCUCCGAAAAUCAUCUACAAGGUCAAGUCCCAAACUGGUUCUGGAAAACUACCUCAUCAAGUUUAUCAACAGUGAAUCUCUCCAACAACAGAUUCGGUGGAAGCAUUGCAUUCCAAAUGAAACCCUUUUCAUCAUCCCUACAAACUCUCAAUCUCUCAAACAACAGAUUCACAAACCAGGUUCAUCUUUCCUCUUUCCAAAACCUUAAAAUCCUCGACCUUUCCGACAACAACCUCAACACCUUACCUUCAGGCCUCCAAAAUCUCACGAAACUCAACCACCUCGAUCUCUCAAACUGUAACAUCAAAGCAAACAUAAAACCCAUUUCGAAUCUCACUUCACUCACUUCCUUAAACCUCUCAAACAAUACCUUAAACGGUACUUUCCCUUACGACUUUCCACCUCUCAACAACCUUAAUUUCCUCAACAUCUCAAACAACAACUUCAAAUCUUCAUCUCCAUUGUCAAAACUAAUCAAAAGAUUCGGAAAAUCAUCGUUCAUUCACGCAGGUCACAAUUUCGAUUCCGACAAUAACCUUAACGCAUCCAAAACACCAAACAUUCAUUCAAAACCAAACCCAAACCCAAACCCACCACACCACCACCGCCACCAUCAACAACAACAACUCCACAUGAAAAAAGCCAAACAAAAAAACAAACACAAACACAAUUCAAAAACAAAAACCAAGAUUAUUAUCAUCGCAACAGUUUCCUCAGUUUCAACUUUCAUUCUCGUCGUGUUAUCCAUAUUAGCAAUCAUUCAUUACAGAAAAAAACGACAACAAGCAAAGAAGAACAAAUGGGCAAUCUCAAUUUCAAAACCAGUGAUAGGAUUAGGAUCAACAACAACCCUUAAAUCAGGACCGUUCGAAUUCGAAACCGAAUCCGGAACAUCAUGGGUGGCUGAUCUGAAAGAACCAUCUUCCGCAGCAGUUGUAAUGUUUGAGAAGCCACUGAUGAACAUCACGUUCGUUGAUCUCAUGAACGCCACGUCAUACUUCGGAAAAGAUUCACAGCUUGCUGAAGGUAGAUGUGGGCCAGUUUACCGUGCGGUUUUACCUGGUGACAUACACGUGGCAAUCAAGGUUCUUGAAAACGCUAGAGACGUUGAUCAUGAUGACUCUGUUGCAACUUUCGUUGACUUGUCGAAGCUUAAACAUCCCAAUCUUUUGCCUCUCUCCGGUUACUGUAUUGCAGGGAAGGAAAAGCUAGUUUUGUAUGAGUUUAUGUCAAACGGAGAUUUAGGCCGGUGGUUACAGGAAUUACCGACGGGAGAGACUAAUGUGGAGGAUUGGAGCACUGACACAUGGGAAAUUCAAAACGGUGUCGGAUCACGAACGCCUUCGCCGGAGAAAAUGGGGUGGCCAACGCGACACAGUAUUGCUAUAGGUGUCGCGCGUGGUCUAGCUUUCCUCCACCAUGCUGGAUCAAAGCCCGUUGUCCACGGCCAUUUGGUAACAUCGAACGUCCUUCUCGCGGAUGACUUUGAGCCACGAAUAGCCGAUUUCGGGUUCAGAAAAUUCGGACAACAAUGUCCUCCGAAUUGCAGUACUGAAACAGAUGUUUAUUGCUUUGGUGUCGUGCUUAUGGAGCUUCUAACGGGGAAGCCUGGUACGGCGGAGACGGUUGUUUGGGUGAGAAAGCUUGUAAGAGAGGGGCAUGGAGUGAGGGCGCUUGAUGAUAGGAUCAAACUCGGUGGUUGUGACUCGGAGAAUCAAAUGGUGGAGAGUCUCCGAGUUGCGUAUCUUUGUACUGCUGAGUCGCCUGCGAAGAGGCCUACAAUGCAGCAAGUUUUGGGACUUCUCAAAGAUAUUCAUCCUAGAGCUAGAUUAGAAUGAGUUGACUCAAUUGUUGACUCAAUUUUGUUUGUUUGUGUGUUAUACUUUUCGAGUCAAAGCUCCCGAUGACUCUCAAUUGAAGUAGAAGUGUAUGUUUGAAUAUGCGAUGAGACUGUUCAAAGUUUAGUUUUUGUCAUCGAUAUCACUAUGAUUCUGACAAUCUCACGGCCGAUUCAAUCAAACAUGCUAGUAAGUUUGGUUUUGUUUUGGACCAUGUUUAUUAUUUUGGUUUUGUAAAACAUUUAUGAUGAUUAUGAUUGCAAUGUAUAUAACCAAAAGUUUAGGAAAAACAAGUGAAAAAUGAAAAUGUGAAAAAAGUGGACAAAAUGAAGUGGGAAAGAACUAGGAAGUGAAAAGCUUGGAAAGUGUCAUGGGAGUGUAGUGUAUUUUUUUAGUGAGCAUGCAAAGAGUAGAGAUUCCCACUUAUUAUUACUUGUCUCUUCUAAGUGGGGCUUGCAUCAUUUUACUCACUUUCUUUUUCUUUCUUAAAUAUUUUUGUAUUAUUAUGUUCUUUUUUUUAUCCUUUUGAUUUUGUCUUACUCUCUUUCCCUUUGUUUUCUAUUACUUUUUUUUGGGUAGAAUGUUUUAUAUUACUUUGUACUUUAUUCCUAUGAGUUAUUUUAUUUUAUCUUUAGUCAAGAAUAUUCUCCCAAAAGAAACAAAGAGAUGGAUACAUACACUCAUUACCCAUGUAUUUUGCUAGUCCAUGUGCUGUUGAAACAAAAGUGGGUUGCAUAUAUGUGUUGGUAAGUUUAAUAUUCUUGAUUUGUCAAUAUUGUAAGCUAAAUGUUAUGGUCUAGUGGGAGAGA